CCGCGGAGGUACCCGCCCCUCUUACUCCGCCUCGCUCGGUCUUCUGGGUUAGGGAGGGGGGUAUAUCCCGGCGUGCACCGGGGUUAGAUUCUUAAUUAAACAGGGGUGGGGGUCUCUCCCCCCCCGCUUCCUUUCCUUUUCCUUUGAUUUGGUCCUCUUGCUCCCUGGCGCCUACCCACCUACCACCCCGCUUCCUCUCCCGUCCCGGGAUGUCCUCGCCUUCCCCCUCUUCCUUCCUGGGCCCAAGGACGACGGAUCGCCCUAAAGUGCCUCGAACUCGGGCGGCCACUUGGAGCCACCGGGAGACCCUGGAUUUCCUCGCCUUGUGGGGCGAGGAAGCCAUCCAGGCGCAGCUCAACCGGUGCCACCGGAAUGCCGACGUCUACCAGUGGAUCUCCGAGCGCAUGGCGGAGAAGGGCUAUUUCCGCGACGAGGACCAGUGCCGGACGAAAGGCAAAGACCUCAAGAAGAGUUACAAGCAAGCCAAGCUGCAAGACGGCGUCGCCCGCCAGCGCUGCCGCUUCUUUCACGAGCUCGACGCCAUCCUGGGCGGCGGGGGCACUGCCCGCGGCGGGGGCGGGGGCGGCGCUCCGUGGUGCCAGGUGGUGAUCAAGGAGGAAAGCGAUGCGGAGCUCGAUGCGGAGCUCCCGGAGGACGAGUACGCCUGGACCCAGGUGUCCGUCACCGACGGCAGCGACCUGGACCCGCCGGGCGAGCCUUCCGGCGCCACCGCCUCUUCGUCGUCCUCUUCCCAAGCGGCCGCCGGGGGCUUGAUCCGCCCCGAGCCAUCGAUCCUGCACCAUCACACCGCGGGUGGCGGCGUGAUCAAGGAGGAGAAGAGCCCCCCGCGGGAAGAGGCCGGCAUCCCCGUGGGAGGAAGGAGACCAGAUGGGACUUACCUUUACCCUGCUCAGGAAGACUGUCCAGGGGAGACCCCUGGCAGGGACCUCAGCAGAUCCAGGAUGGUGGAGGAGCCUCUGCUUCAGCAGGGGACCCCAGGGCACCUGGGCGCUCCCUGGAGAACCGGGGUAAACCGGAGAGCUUUUUCCAGGCCACGGAGUCUGCUGAGCACGCGGGAGAAGUUGGCCCAGCUCCGGAAUAAACGGAAGAGACCCUGGGAUGACAAAUUCGACGAGUUGGUGCGGGAUAUCCGGACACAUUUCAGAGAGAGAGAAAAGCUAUUCCAGGGGCUGUGGGAAGAGGAGAAAGCCCAACGGGAGAAGGACCGGCAACUUUGGGCAGCUGAGAUGGAUUGGGUUCGGCAGAUGUGGACCAAGGGCCAGAAGGAGAAGGAGGCAGUGGAAGAAGACGAGGAGAUGAAUGAGCCUGGGCGUGUAAAGGAAGAGAAGUGGAACAGAGAUGUCUGCAAAGACUUUGAAGAGGGAUCUUGUAAAGAGACCAGGGUUCUAGAGCCUCCGCUAUUAAAGUCCUGGUUGGAAUCUCACGGUCGUAAAUUUGGACACUUUAUAGAUGGAAAGUGGCUGAAGCCAGAUGGACAAGAGACGUGCACUGUCAGGAACCCUACCACAGGUAGGGAUGGGGAACCACUGGCCACCACAAUCCAAGGCACUGGAGAAGAUGUGAACAAAGCUGUCACUGCUGCUAAAAAGGCCUUUGAAAGCUGGAGCCAACUCCCUGGCCAUGUUCGAGCCCGGCACCUUUACAACGUAGCUAGGACCAUCCAGAAACAUCAGCGGCUGCUCAGCCUUCUGGAGAGUCUAGACAGUGGAAGACUAAUCCGAGAAACCCAAGAAGCAGAUCUCCCUUUGGUUGUCCGGCAUUUCUACCACCAUGCAGGGUGGGCCCAGCUGAUGGAGGUGGAGAUGAAGGGCUGGAAACCACUUGGUGUCGUGGCUAUUCUUACUCCUCGAAGUUUUCCUUUGCUGACUCUGACAUGGAAGUUGUGUUCAGCCCUGGCCAUGGGAAACACCACCAUCUUAAAACCAGCCAGCUCUACGCGGGUGGCUGCUCUGUUCUUGGCCGAGGCCUGUGCCCAGGCAGGCCUCCCUCCAGGCGUCCUCAAUGUCAUCACCGGCAAUCAGGGGUUAGGAGAGGCCUUGGCAUUCCAUCCAGACAUUGCCAAAGUGGCUUUUGCGGGAACUGCUGAGGUGGGCCGUUGUCUGCGCCGAGCCACAGCAGGGAGUGGCAAGAAGCUCUGUCUCCAGCUUGGUGGGAAGUCGCCCUUCAUUGUCUUUGACUCAGCCGACCUGGAUAGUGCUGUUGAUGCGCUGGUAGAUGCCAUCUGGCUGAAUCGAGGACAGGUCCACAGUGCUGGGUCUCAGCUGUUCCUUCAGGAAUCCAUUGCCAAAGACUUUAUUCAACGUCUGAAGCGCCGAAUGGGGCAGCUCCGCUUAGGAGACUCUCUGGACAAAACCACAGACCUGGGACCAUUGGCCAGCGAGAAAGAACGGAAUGUACUUGAGAGCCUGGUGGCAGAAGCUCGUGCAGAAGGGGCUGAGAUCUUCCAGGCCUGGGCUUCCCUCCCAUCAAGUAGACUGUUUUACCCUCCAACCUUAAUCACCGGCGUGUAUACUACCUCCCGCUGUGUCAGGGAAGAGAUCUUUGGACCUGUUCUCGUAUCCCUGACUUUCCGGACAGCCAAGGAGGCGGUGGCUUUGGGGAACAGCAGUCCUCAUGGACUGAUUGCUAGUGUGUGGACAGAGGUUCUUCCGUUGGCUCUCGAAGUUGCCCACAGUUUGCAGGUUGGCACAGUCUGGAUCAACAGCCACAAUAUGUUAGAUGCCGCAUCUGCCUUUGGGGGAUACAAGGAAAGUGGCUACGGACGGAACGGGGGCAAAGAGGGACUUUAUGAAUAUGUGAGACCAACCUGGGAGAUUCAACCACACCCCAGUGCUGUGGACCUGAAUUACAAAACCUCUGCCACCUCACGAGGGGGUGGUCUCCCACUGAUUCCUGGGGAUAAGAAAGCCCCGUGCUCUAUAGUUUCUGAGCUGAAAGGAAACAUUCCAAGCAGCGUGGACCGAACCUACAAGCUCUACUAUGGUGGUGCUCAGAAGAGGCCAGAUUCCAUGAGUUCCCAAGCUGUCCUUGAUUAUGUUGGCAAAGCUGUGGCCUGUGUGGCUGAUGGGAACGUGAAAGACAUCCAUAAUGCAGUGCAGGCCGCUCACAAAGCAGCGCCUGGAUGGGCGAAGCAAACAGCACAUGCUCGGGCACAGAUCUUGUACUACCUGGCUGAGAAUCUGGAACUCCGUCGAGCUGAGAUUGCAUCACAGCUGGAAUCAUUAACGGGCACAGAAAAAGAGAAAGCUCUGCUGGAGGUGGAUCUUAGUGUGCAGCGACUCUUUUACUGGGCCGCCUACUCUGAUAAAUAUGGUGGAACGGUGCAGGAAACCACUCUGUAUGGUGCCUCUGUUCUCUUUCGAGAACCUCUUGGUGUCGUGGGAAUUGCCUGUCCAGACGAGCAGCCCCUCCUCAGUUUUGUCAGCUUGUUUGCUCCAGCGGUUACUCGUGGCAACUGCGUGGUGAUUAUUCCCAGUGAGCGAUACCCUUUGCUCGCCCUGGACUUGUAUCAGGUAUUGGACACCUCUGACAUCCCUGCUGGAGUGGUGAAUAUCAUCUCUGGCAGCCGGGAUCAUUUGAGUCAAAGUUUAGCUGAGCACCAAGAUAUCCAAGCCAUGUGGUACUUCGGCUCUAAAGCGGGUUCUGCACUUGUGGAAUGGGCUUCUGCUGGGAAUCUGAAGAGGACGUGGGUGAAUUAUGGAGCAGAGACACGUUGUUGGAGUGACCCACAACAGGGGGAAGGAGAAGAAUUUCUCUACCAGGCCACCCAAUGUAAAAGCGUCUGGAUGCCCAUGGGUGACAUAUUUGCCAACUGAGCUUCUGGAAGGCAAUCAGGAGGUGGGGCAGGAUAAAAAAAAACCCUGUAAUUGAUAAUAAAGACCAUUUGGCCCUUUUUUAAAAAACUGCAAUAAAGCUAUUUUCUCAUUUAUAAAAUGAAA